AUGGAUAGGAAGGGCAAGGGCCGUCAAAAGAUUGAGAUGGUGAAGAUGAGUAACGAAACCAACAUCCAAGAAACUUUCCCAAAACGAAGAGCUGGCCUUUUUAAGAAAGCUAGUGAAUUGUCCACUCUUUGUGACGUUGAUAUUGCGAUGAUUGUUUUUUCCCCAGGAGCCAUGACGCUCAUUGAGGCUCACCGCAACUCAAGGAUACAUGAGCUCAAUAUGAUCCUCACACAGGUUUGA